AUGCACGCUUAUCGGACCCUGGCGAAAUCGUUUGCUCUGAAAAUCAUUGCCCAUGACAUCGGAAUGCAUUUCGCCGUUAACAAGGAUGCCGCCAAAUCCAAACCGAUUAGGUUCACCAAGAUGGAACCGCGAUUCCGGUCUGCGGAUGAUUUGAGCGAGCUCUUGUUGGAGGCAACACCCAGCUCGUAUGACCCAUCUCUAUACGACGAGUGGGCUGAACAAUUAAAGGAUGGCUUCCCUUUGUUGACACUGGAGCAAGUCCGGUCAUUCGAAUUCGCUGCUGAGCGGGAGUUAGGAGAUGACUUCAUCUUCUCUACCUUACUAUUCCACACCCACAUCAACGCUUACCAAAGCAAGCUUCCUGCAGACCGCGACUCUUUGGUCGCGCAGUUCACCUCAUCAACAUGA